CCAUCUGCAUUCUGAAGAAGGCUUCCAUCUGCGAGAGGUAGUCAAGAUUCAAAUGUGGUUCAACUUUACAUGUGAAGGCCAAUUGAUCACUCUGGAAUAUUAGAGAUGGCGGACGGCAAGAGUAAGAACACGAUUAAUAAGUUGCCAGAUCAUGUAAUCUCAUCCAUAGUUGCACUUAUGACAAUAAAAGAUGCAGUGUAUACUAGCAUGAUAUCCCAUCAGUGGAAGGACUCCUGGAAGCAUCCAAUACUUUCAAGGCCAAAUCUUGAAUUUGACAUUCCAAACAUUUUCGGAACCAAAUUAUAUGGCCAGCUCUUUAAUGAAUUUGGAGAUAAGUAUAUUCAUAGGUUUGGUCAGUUUGAAGGAAAAGUCUUUGUAGGACGUGUGAAUGAAUUUUUGAAGCUCUACCAUGGUAAGAAGGUCGACUCUUUCAAAGUGUCAUUCCCUUUAGAUGGAGUUUAUAAUGCCGUCCUAGAUAAAUGGAUUCUUUUUGCAAUUAGAAAGGGAGCUCAAGUGCUUGAUCUUCAAUUAUUAUGUUGCGGCCUUCUAGAAACAAAUUUUUUUUAUGUUUUCCCUCACUGGUUCCUCUCAGGAUCUCUAAAGCAUUUGUCAUUGCUAAGGUGUGUUCUAAGACCUCCUCCUGAUUUUGCCAGAUUCAAUGAGUUAACAACUCUUUCUCUGAAUAAUGUUAUCAUUGAUGAAGAAUUUGUGGCACAUCUAUCCUCUGUUUGUUUGUGCCUUACAAGAUUGACCUUAAGGGAGUGCAGUGUGGGUUCGUGUCUUAUUCUUGGGGAUCCAUUACUUUGUUUGACUGAGUUGAAAGUGCUCCAAUGUAGUGAUUUAGCCAAACUGGAGAUUCACUGCAAAAAUAUUACCUCCUUGGAAUAUGAAGGACUUGCAGAGACUUCUUACAUAAAAACAAAAUGUUUAGCAAGAAUUUUUUGGUCUGAUAGGUCUUUCAAUGAUUCAUCACUUCAUGCACUAACCCAACUUGCCUCGUGUCCUGGGCUAGAGUGUCUUCAUCUGCGGCUUUGGUUUUCGGUGGAAGAAAUACCCGAAAACGUACAAACAUUUACAAACCUCAAGCAACUGCACUUGGAUCUGUUUUCACCGCACUUGAAUGUUAGUGGUGUUCUGGUUAUAAUCAAGGCUGCACCUCUUUUGGAAGAAUUUGUAUUAAUGGUACGGGCAUCUAUUCACAACGAGGUGAGAAGUAUCAGGAGGAAGAUGAGCAUUCUUGCUAGAUUCUCACAUCUUUGUUUGAGGAAAGUUAAGAUUCAUGGUUUCCAAGGUAGAUGGUACGAAAUUGAGUUGGCCAUUUGCAUUCUGAAAAUUGCUAAAAAGAUGGAGAUAAUGGUAAUCGAUCCUAUUGGAAAAUACUAUGCUGGUGUUGGAGAAUGGAAGGACAUGAAUGAUUCAAGAUAUUCGUAUGAAGAGGAGGCUGUUGUUCAGGUCGAAGAGGCCGUGGGUGAGGCUAGGGAGGACACCGAGGCCAUGGAGGUGGAGGAGGCUGUGAAAAAGGCUGAGGCUGUGGAUGAGACGGGGGACAAGGAUGGUUGGGAAGAAAGAGGUAGGGCAUUUGUCGAAAAAAAUUUACGUCAAGUGAUGACUGAUGCUCAAGUUAUAGUUCUGUGAUGAUCAUGGGUCAGCUUUUCACUCAAAAAAAAUAAUGGUCAUUGGUCAGGCAGUUUAGGCGGAUUGCUUUGACAAAAAGAUAUUACAAAAUAAGUAAUUUACCCAAUUUGCUUUUUAUUUUUUUUUGUUUUCCUCGUGUAAAUGUUACCCUUAUAAUAACUAUAAGGAAUGACAAAAAUUACAUUUUGAAGUUCAA